AUGAGUAGAAAAGGAGUUAUAACCAAAAGAGUGAGACUGUCCAGACGGCUCUAUCGAGAACAGCGCCCAAACCGCGCAGUCCGGCUGGCCGAGGAACGCAUGUUCCGCGCUCGGCCAAACUCGUCCGUCCGACUGAAGUCUCGGCCAAAGUCCAAAACCACUCGGCCGAUCACGCAUCACGACCCGGGAAACAUGCCCGCGGUCGGCCACGCCACAACGCCACGCACACCGCGCACGACCAAAGCGCGCGAGCCGGGAAAACGCCUCGCGGCCGCGCAACUCCUCACGUACCGCGCCGAACGCUCCGUCCGACCCGGGAAACUCCCGCGUCCGGCCGAAGAUUUCAUCGGCCAAAUUCCAAUCCGGCCGACCGACAACAUCCGGCCCCGACCGUUCCGACUCGGCCACAACCCGAUUGUCCGGCCGAUCGUCCCGCACGACCGUCCCAACGCCGCGAGGUCUAGGAGUUUGGUAAAACCUGACUCCGCAUCAACCGUCCAACAAGGAAGGCCUCGUCCCACGUCCGUCCCAGAACCUUCGACCAAUUCAUCCGCCCGGCUGACCCCAACGGCCGAACGAAGAAUCUCUCGGCCACGAUCGCCUGACCGUGCCGAUAGCCGACCACGACCCAAUAGCCGGCCGAACGUCCCGACCGACCGUCCGAACGGUCCGAUCGACCCGAAGCCCGUUUUGAAGCCCGUUUCACACAGGUCUAGGAGUUUGGUAAAACCUGACUCCGCAUCAACCGUCCAACAAGGAAGGCCUCGUCCCACGUCCGUCCCAGAACCUUCGACCAAUUCAUCCGCCCGGCCGACCCCAACGGCCGAACGAAGAAUCUAUCGGCCACGAUCGCCUGACCGUGCCGAUAGCCGACCACGACCCGAUAGCCGGCCGAACGUCCCGACCGACCGUCCGAACGGUCCGAUCGACCCGAAGCCCGUUUCACACGUUUUCACGGCCCGACUUAACCUAAUGCCGCCUCUGAAGACCUAG